UUUUUUUAUUGAUUUAAUUUCAAGUUCUCCCCUUCCUUGUCUUGCUAAUCCAUUUAUGAUAGACCCCAUUUUUUCCUCCCCAACCACAGAAUAGUCAGACUUCAUUCUUUCGUCCAUUCCAAUUGCCUUUCUAAUUUUGUCUACAAGCAACCAAAAAAAUUAAUUUUUAUUCCCCCUAUCCCACUACACUAAAGUGGAAACCUCUUCUCAUAUUCUAUCGGAUCGAUAAAAGUGGGGAGGGGACCAAUCUAACUGAAUUUAAUCAAUUUUAGAUUUCUGAAUUAAAUACAAAAUAAAUUCUUUUGUCUUCAACAACAAUGCCUCCAAUUUGUACCAAUAUUUUUCGUCCAAUGCUGCGUCCUCUUUGCCGUUAUGCGCACUUGAAUGGAACUCCGGGAAUUUACAAUACUGUUCCGAAUUGGAAGCCUGGACCGGGUUGGCGCCCACAGAGUCCACAAGGACCUUAUCUUGAUGGCUGGGCUAUGGGGUAUUGGCAUUAUACUCGACCACACAAUCUUCCAUUACUUUUUGCUAAAGCGGCAGUCUACCUUGCUUCUGCAUUUUGGCUUCCAUUUUUCGUUGUGGAAUAUCAAUUGAAGAAGUCAAAGGCAGGAAGUUGAGAGCCUGAACGUACUCUUUUAGACGCUUGAUAAGAAGAAAGUUUGGAAAAUUGUCUAGGAAAAUAUUAAAGGUUUAAUUUGUUUAUGAGAUUGUUUUUUGGGUGAUUCUGAUUAGAAAGUGUUUUUAAUGUCGGGAUAAAAAUAACUGUGUAGGCUAUGGUUUAGUUAAGAGAAAUUGGGUUCUCGAUUCUUGCGAGUCUGUACCAGGGUGUCAUGGUUCGAGAAAGGGUCGGCUUUUCAUAAUUUUCUUCGUAUCUGUCGAAAAAACCCCCAGGUUUCGGAUCGGGUAGUUAGGGGGAAGAAGAAGUAGGGUUUCGGAAGAACGGGUGUCAGGUAACGCGUGACAUCCCUGGUGUGACAUCCCGCAAAAUUUAUUCUAUUUUGAGAGGCUGCAAAUAUGCAAGACUUGAAUGAUUUGUU